AUGGAUCCACUGCAAGCAGCCCACCUGGGUCCUCGGAAGAAGAGGCCCAGGCAGACGGGCACCUCGGUGGCCACCACAUCGCACGACAUCAGGUUUCAAGACUUGGUCCUCUUCAUUUUGGAGAAGAGGAUGGGAACGACUCGAAGAGCCUUCCUCAUGGAGCUGGCCCGGAAGAAAGGGUUCAGGGUGGAGAGCGAGCUCAGUGAUUCUGUUACCCACAUUGUGGCAGAGAACAACUCCGGGUCGGAUGUCCUCGAGUGGCUCCAGCUACAGAACGUGCAAGCCAGCUCUGAGCUCGAACUCCUUGACGUCUCCUGGCUGAUUGAGUGCAUGGGAGCUGGGAAACCCGUGGAGAUGACGGGAAAGCAUCAACUUGUUGUGAGGAGAGAUUCUUCCCUGAGUCAUGCCCCAGACUCCCAGAACAUUCCACCACCAACUGAACAAAAGAUCUCCCAGUAUGCCUGCCAGAGAAAGACCACAUUAGACAACUGUAACCGAGUGUUCACGGAUGCCUUUGAUAUCCUGGCUGAAAAUUACGAGCUUAGAGAGAAUGAAGGCUCUUGUGUGACAUUCAUGAGAGCGUCUGCUGUACUGAAAUCGCUGCCAUUCCCCAUUAUCAGCAUGAAAGACACAGAGGGAAUUCCCUGCCUAGGGGACAAGGUGAAGUGUAUCAUAGAGGGAAUUAUUGAAGAUGGAGAAAGUUCUGAAGUUAACGCUGUGUUGAAUGAUGAACGAUACAAAUCCUUCAAACUCUUCACGUCUGUGUUUGGAGUGGGGCUGAAGACAGCUGAGAAAUGGUUCCAGAUGGGGUUCAGAACUCUCAGUAAAAUCAAGUCAGACAAAAGCCUGCGGUUUACACGAAUGCAGAAAGCAGGAUUCCUCUACUAUGAAGACCUUGUUAGCUGUGUGAACAGGGCAGAAGCAGAGGCCACCAGCGUGCUAGUCAAGGAGGCGGUUGCAGCAUUUCUCCCAGAUGCCUUGGUCACCAUGACUGGGGGGUUCCGCAGGGGUAAGAUGACUGGGCACGACGUAGACUUUCUAAUUACCAGCCCAGGAGCCACAGAGGAAGAAGAGCAGCAACUCCUGCAUAAAGUGACAGACUUAUGGGGGCAGCAGGGGUUGCUUUUGUACUGUGACCUCAUAGAGUCGACAUUCGAAAAGUUCAAGCUACCAAGCCGGAAGGUGGAUGCCCUUGACCACUUCCAGAAAUGCUUCCUGAUUUUGAAGCUACACCACCAGAGAGUGGGCAGUGGCAAGAGCAGCCAGCAGGAAGGAAAGGACUGGAAGGCCAUCCGUGUAGAUUUGGUCAUGUGCCCCUAUGACCGCCGGGCCUUCGCGCUGCUCGGAUGGACUGGCUCCAGGCAGUUUGAGAGAGACUUGCGGCGUUACGCCAGCCAUGAGCGGAAGAUGAUUCUGGACAACCACGCUCUGUAUGACAAGACCAAGAGGGUGUUUCUUGAAGCAGACAGUGAAGAAGAGAUCUUUGCCCACCUGGGAUUGGAUUACAUUGAACCAUGGGAAAGAAACGCCUAA